AUGGAAACCGGCCUCGCCUACUCCUCUCAAGAGGCGGGGCUGCACCUUUUACGCGUCCUGCAGCAGCCAUACCCUCACUCGACCUACCUCACCACCCUCCCGACCAUCACCUCCCACCCCUCCCUCCUCCUCACCCACGGCGCCUACAUCUCCGCCCACUUCCUCACCCUCACCAAACCCCUCACCACCUGCCUCCUCGCCGCCCGUAUCCUCCCCGUCCCGCCUCCAGCCACCGACCUCGCGCGCCUCGCCGCCAGAACGCACGCCCUCCUCCGCGCCACCGCACGAGACACCAUCGCCCUUUUCGCGCAGCUCGACGAAGCCGGGAAGACGUGUAAAGGGCAGACGCGCGUCGUGCUCCGCUUGCUCGAGGAAUGGCAUGUGCUGUACCCCGCGCGGGCGCCGGCGUGGGAGUGGCUGCCGUUGCUGUUCAAGGGCACGGUGGGGCGGGCUUGUGCGUGGGCGGGGCGGCAGGAGCGGGCGCACGUGCGGCAUUGA